UUGAAAACAUUUUCAACUUGCAAAUAAUACCUAACCGAUAUUUUACUGUACACGUUUGCAGAACAAGCAAAAGUUGUGAAAACUGUGAAUGUGUUGAUAAAAGUUUUCAGUUUUAGUCAAUUUGAUUCAGUUCCUGUAACAUGAAGUGUUGCUUCAUUAUAAUCUGCUGUUUAUUUACUGUAGGACUAUCUGCAGUGAUAGAGAAUCAAACAAAUAACCCAAAUUCCUUACAAAGAUCUGUUUUUGAUAUUUUGAAAGAGAUUCCCAAGGAAAAGAUUACCGAAAUUGCUAAGGACCAUCUCCAAAAUGACGACGGUUUCAAGUCUGCUAUUAAAUACAUGAAAAGUGCUGAAUGGAGAAAGCUGAUAGAAACAAUCAAGGUAACGACAAAAUGGGUAAAUCUUAAAGGUUAUAUAACUUCUUUUGGUGUCCCAAUAGACAGACUAAUCAAAUGUGCUGAAUCAUUUGUACAGAAUGUUACCAUUACAGACGUACCUGAAAAUACUCCCAGAAACUUAACAUCUUUUCUUCGUGACGUUGAAAAAGUCAUUCGACCUGCCGAUAUUUUGAUAAAAAUAACCCAACUACAAAAGAAUCCCCAGAUAGCGCAACUAAUGCAACAACUAAAAUCUCCUGAAACGAAGGCUAAAUUUGAUGAAGCCCUUCAUAUUCCAGAGAUUCGAACGGUUUUGGAUGAGUUAAAGAAGAUGGGACUGUCUUUGUUGUACGACCUCAUUUCUGUGAUGUACUACUUUUUUGGUUGGGGACAGUUUAAGCUGUAAUUUUUAAGUAUAGAUUUUUGUUAAACUGUUUGAUUUCAUGUUCUAUUUAAUUUGUUAUGAAUGCUUUAGAACAUAAACAUGUUUAUGUCAUAAUAAAGUUGUUGCUAGA